GCCCCCUUGCUUUCCUUCGUCUCCGGCCACCUCCUGGUCCCAGACUCCCUACCCCCCCCUGCCGAGGAAGAUGAAUGCGUGGCAGAGGACGCUGAUGAAUCAGGUUGGUAGCGCUGGCCUUGGCGUUGGCGGCUCCGGCGGGGUGCAGAUGCAGGAUGUGGUGGGCCUUGCCGCGGCGGCCGAUCCCGAGUUUGUGAUGCUGCGGGACAACACCCGAGAGAAGAUACAUCAGUUUUUGGAAAGGGGGCCAUUGCUGGCUGUGUGGCGGCGCCGCCUCCGGGCGCUCUCGAGGCGGCUUGAGGAGAUCUUGUUUAGAAAAUACCCAAACAAGAUGGAGUACUACAAUAUGAGUAGGCAACCAAUGCCACCAGCAUUAAUGUUUGCUAUGAAGACCUUCAGGGCUCAGAUCCGACAAUAUCUACAAAACCAACAAUCGUUAAGACAGAUAGUAUCUUCCUCAGGCUAUGGGGCAAUGAAUCUGACAUCCAAUAUUGUGCAAGGUGCAAGUGAAAAUUCUCGAAUGUCUUCUGUGACGGGCGAUUUUGGCGCUUCGUCGUCUAGUGCAAACAUGGUUCUGCAGAACGUCAACAUGGAUACCUCACUGCCUGCAGGAGCUCCUGAUGAUGGGCAUGUGAACACAGUGCUUUCUCUGGGGAUAAACCCUACACGACAUGAUCUUUCUAGAGCGUCCAACAACAACCAGGCACGCCCGACGCCUAUGAAGGAUCUCCCAAGGGUACCAAAGUUCAACUGCCCAGUCUGCAUCAGUGAGAUGGUUGAUGCGUCGUCUACUAUCUGUGGCCACAUCUUCUGCAAGAAAUGCAUUGAGGCCUCAAUCCGAUUUCAGAAGAAGUGCCCUACCUGUCGUAGGAGGCUGACCAUGAGAAAUUUCCACCGCAUCUACCUCCCGGCGAUGGAUUGAACUGAUCCAGACAUACUGGCCGUGGUGGAGCAUCAACACCCAACCCUUCCUCUCCUCAACGGCAUUUUUUGUAAUUCUGUUUGAACUAUUCUUCAUGGGGUUAUCAUUAGAAUCUAGUUUGUGCUCAUCGAGUCAAUAAGUGGCCAGGUCUAAUUAACGAACGUGUUAUAUGCAUCCUUGGUGGUAAAGGAUACCGUUCUCGUGGAACUCAGAAACAUAUGUGGCAUGGUAUUGUGA